CUCGACGAUGGAUUUUCGGUCUUUACGCGGCGAUAUCCUUAACUAUUGCCCCGAUGGAAACACCACUGACUCCCUUAAAGGAAUGUCAAGCUGAGUGAUGUGGCAACGCUGCGUGACGUAGCCCACCAGCUUGUCAAUUCAUAAAGGAUGGAAUAGGUUUAAAAUGUAAGUCGCAAAUUGUUUUCAUUUCAUUCAGUGAGCGAGAGUGCGACACACGGACACACGAUACUCGAUUCGAUCUAACGAACGAAAAACACGAAAAUUCAGUGAUAGUUAGUUGUGAUAUUAGAUACGUAAAUAUCCGCGAUGAAUCUUUCUUUCGCGGGUUGUGGCUUUUUAGGCAUUUACCAUGUCGGGGUUGCUUGUUGUUUUCGGAAAUACGCGCCCCAUUUACUGCUUAACAGGAUUUCAGGGGCUUCGGCCGGUGCUAUCGCUGCCUGCUCCCUCAUAUGCGAUCUUCCUGUUGGUGACAUGACCAGUGAUGUACUCAGGGUAUGUGCAGAAGCUAGGAAGCGAUCUCUAGGUGCAUUUUCGCCGUCUUUCAACAUCAACCGGCUACUUUUAGAAAAUUUGGAAAAGUUCUUACCGGAUGACGCGCACAUACGGUGCAGCGGGAAGCUGCAUGUUUCACUCACCAGGGUGCACGAUGGAAAAAAUGUUGUUAUAUCAAAUUUUGACAGCAGAGAAGAACUGAUCCAGUGCCUGUUAGCGUCCGCCUUCAUACCAUUUUUCUCCGGCCUCAUCCCACCUAAAUUCAGGGGCGUGCGAUACAUGGAUGGAGGCUACAGUGAUAACCUGCCAACUUUGGAUGAGAACACGAUCACUGUCAGUCCGUUUUGCGGAGAAAGCGAUAUUUGCCCUAGAGAUGACAGCUCACAACUUUUCCACAUCAACAUCGCGAAUACCAGUAUAGAACUGUCAAAACACAACAUCUACAGGAUAGUGAGGAUACUGUUCCCGCCAAAACCGGAAGUAUUAUCGAACAUGUGCAAACAAGGUUUCGAUGAUGCCUUGAGGUUUCUUCACAGAAAUAAUCUGAUCAACUGCACCAGGUGCUUAGCAGUCCAGUCUACGUUUGUCGUAUCAGAAACUAUAGACGAACAUUUAGAGUUCGAUCCGCAAUGCAAGGAGUGCAAACUACACAGGCAGGAGGCCCUAGUGUCGAACGUUCCAGACUCCGUGCUGAGCCAGUUCCAGGAAGCGAUAGAUAAAGCCAAUAACGGUUUAUUAGAUUGGCUGUUCAAACACCGCGGUAUGAAGCUAUUAUCCGUCCUAACACUGCCAUACACCGUGCCAGCCGAUGUCGUGUAUGCUACAUUCACCAAGUUGCAAUUAAUUCCACCUUCCAUUAAAUCAGGCCCUAGAUUAAUGUACAGGAAGGCAGCCGACUUCGAUUUUCACAGUUUUAGCGGGCCUAUUUAUGAAAAAAAGUCAUGCCAAUUCGAAAUGUUCGGCAACGCCGUGCUGUCGACCCCUACAUAUGCAUGCCAUCAACAUUUUAUUAGAGAAAGAAGAUUCAUGGUAGCUGCGCCACAACUAGGAAACGGAGCAUGGGAAGUCAGCAAAUUCUUCAUGGACAAAUUGUCAUAUCUGCUCAGCAAAGUCAACAGUAAACGGCAACAGAUCAGUGCCAAGAUCACGUGCCAGUUAGCCAUUACGGAGUAUGGAAGAAAUAAAUACGACGUCGAGGCGUGCCAGGCUUUGAGCAGCGAAAAUAAGAUGAACUUGAACUUUACACUUAAUCUGGAUGAUAGUGAGCUGGAGAUGAACGACGGACAGUCUCGCAAGUUCAAAACCAAAGAAAUCCUCUGUAAACCAAGCGUUACCAUAAACCGAAGUGAUACAAUGGAUAACGAUACUUUCGACCAUAUUCUCAAAGUUACCUCUCAACACGAUACGAUCAUGGCUUACUAUUAUUUGGAUGAAAAUAAUAAGGUUAAAGUUACCGAAAUAUUCGACGUGACUGAUAGCGAUUCGCCCAUAGUUCAAACAUCUCAUGAACGUCUCAUAAACAACAAUUUGGAAUUCGACGAUGAAUUGAAUGGAUCUGGUUGGCCACAACAUCAAACGAUAGACGAACAUAUGUCCCAGAACGACCUGGAGGACAUAUUCGAUUCCUGUACUCUGCUUUCCGAUCCGGAAAGCGAGUGGACAGGCUACAAAGUGGAAGAACCAGAGGACGAUCAAGAAGAAACCAGGCUUGAUCAUCGACCCGAGUCGGAGAGGUCAUUCGGUGAAAAUGAGGAAAGUUGGUCGAAGAAGCAAAAUAUUUCAAGUCUUACAUACGAGGAAAUGGAUACGUAGUCUGAUUUAUUGAAAAUAUUAGGUCGAUUUUAAUUUUUUUUUAAAAAUGCUUAUGGCGCCUUUGCUGGUUGUGAAGUUUUGAGGAAAUCUGGAUAGAAUUUCACGUGAUGCGGUAUCAGCUAAAGUCACGGUUACCACUUUUUUUAGGUUAAUUAUUUAUCUAUAGCAUAGUUUAUGUACCUCAAUAAUGAAAGAAGAAAACCGCACAAUACAGCGUGAACUCUAGCAGCGAUUAACGUCAAUGCCCGUAUUUUCGUAAUAGUAACAUGCUUGUUCCAAUUUGAAAACUGCUGUGAGUAGCGGGUUUCUUUCCAUUCGACCUUCACACGAGACUGGCAAAGUGUUUAUCUACAGUAGCGGACAAAAGUUUGAAAACAUUCUUAGUCAUUUUAAAAAGUGCGCUGAUUAUUUAUUCUUCAUUAUUAAGGACUUUUUUCUCAUAUAGUUUGCUAACAGUCUUGAGGAUACAAAUUGUGGAUUUGUGUUUGCUGAGGCACUACAGACUAGCAUUAAAAUCGACAAUAUUAAGCGGUGAUCUUUUGUUUGUUUUUUUUUCACUUCCUCUCUCGAGUCUGGAUCGAGCGUUUCGACGUUGGCGCGGUUUUUCCGACUUUUUUGACGGUUCGCGAAAGGUUUUAUCGGACAACGAUAUCGUUUCGGAAACUAGAAACUCGGCGUUUUACGAGCAAGUAAGAAGCGUCUUGGUACGAGGACGAAAAGCGUUUUAAAACAGCUGUUAAAGUCGAAAAAACAGUGUUUUUUCGCGUAGUACGAAGACUUUGGCAGGCUACGUUUCGCCGUUUAUCAAAAUUUCGACUCGAGAUUGGUCUCAUUCGAUAGCUAAAUGACGAGCGGGUCCUAUGACGUAGCUCAUGUUCUGAUUCAAUCCUUAGUUUAUUUUCUAGAAAUUUUCAAAGAAAAGGCGGGAAAAAUGGCGAUAUGCCGUAAAACCUCCGAUAUCUCCUUUAUGCCAAAGAUAAAAGGAAUUUCGCAUGGCUUAUUUUGUACAUCUCGGCGAGUACUAUAAAUUACGUGGAGAGAAUUUUUUCCGUUUAGGGCACCACCUGUUUUGAAUAAAUGAAUUGCAUAUGUUGAAUAUAUUACUUUUUUGCGUAUAAAGCGCGCUUUUCGCUGUCCAGGAACUAUCUUUUCCGAAAAUAACGGACCUGGCGACUUUUGCAUAAGAAAGCUAAUACUUCGGACUCCAGAAGGCAAGUAUUUUCAUCUCUUUAUUCGUUUCCGUUGAUAAGUUUAGAUUUUUUAAAAUACCUCGACUAUACCUUCAUAUCAUUUUAUUACAAAAAAUGAGGCGACAAGAGUAUGGAAACUUAUUUUAUUACAAAAUAACUACAAAAUGAUUCAAAAAAUACUGUUUAGCUAAUAUUUGGUAGCGUAGCCUUUAUCAUUCAACACUGCCUGACAUCUACUGCUCAUAGAAGACACCAAUUUUUUACAGACGUCUGAUAGUAUGUUUUACAUAAUCAAAUAAAUCGUUCCUAUUUUUAAAAGUAUUUCUUGUCAGUUGCUGUUUAACAUGCUCCCAGAAAUGUUCUAUAGGGUCUAGGGGGUGAUUGCGAAGGCCAUGUAAGAACAUAAACAUUUUUUAGUCUUGACCAGUACGAAUUUUGAGGAAUGCUUGGUGUCAUUAUUUGGCUGGAAUGUCCAUCGUAAAGGCAUUUAUUCUUCAGCAAAAGGGAGCAUGUGUUCACUAAGAAUAUCUUUGUAAAGUUUUUGAUCAAUUUUCCCAACAAUUUUAACAAUUCCAUAAAACUGUAUUCCAUUGUUGUUCUGUCCAAGUUAGAUGAGUUAUUGGAAAUUCAAGCCUGUCAAUACAAUUUUUUUUUUGAAAUGAGAGGUUUUUGCACUGGACGCCUACCAGAAAGCCCAAAAUCCACCAAGCGUCUCUGCACUGCCCUGACAGAAAUAUUCUCGGCACCCUCUUCUACGAUUCUUUUGAAAAUCUGUGCAGCUGCCAUUCGAGGAUCUUCAUGGGACAAACGUUCAGUGUAGCGAUCCAAAACAUAAUCUGUUUUCUUCGGUUUUCCGCAGCUGGCCGCGUUGCUGAUGAUCCGUAUUCUUAAUAUUUACAAAUAAUUUUCGAAAUCGUUCAUCUUUGAGAAAUGUCAAAAUUUGUGACACCACUUCUGAAUAAUUCAACUACCUUGUCUCUUAAAUCUUUUGAAAAUUCUUUUACUUUUGCCAUUCUCAGUGAUGGUAAUUUUUACCGCACGCAAUAUCACAUUAUCGCAGAACGAAUAAAUACGGCAAAACAGAAAUGUUUCCAUACUUUUGGCAUUUAAAAAAAGGCGUGUUUUCAUUUUCAGAGAAUUUGAAUAUUUAUAAGAAUAGUACGGCAGCCAAAGGUAGACUUUAAUAUUUAUAAAAUCUGUUUCCUUCACAAUUUUAAUUUAGAUAUAUGAAAUAGUUCACAAUAAUGUUAAUAUUUGUUUCCAAACUUUUAUCCGCUACUGUAUAAAUUGGUAAAAAUGUAGAUGUAGAUCACUCCAAUAACGUAUUGUUUUUGUGUUUUAACGGAUUUUUAAGAAAUUCCAUGUUUUUACAUAUACACUAGAAAUACUAAAAUUUAUAUAUUUUGUAAUUUCUUAUAGGUUUGGCUAUAUUUAUAUUUCUCAAUGAAUGGACUGUUUCGAUUUCUAUCUAGGUUUAUGCUUUGAUAUAGGCAACUUGGAUUUUCAAGGCAUUGUGUCUUCCAGCUUAAUAUUUGCUCUUUAAUAAUCCCAUGCUGAAAUUCUAUCAGAUUUUCUAUUAAAAUGCAAUAUGGCGUCGAAUUUAUUUUGAUUCCUAAUGGAAUUCGUAAAACUAAGAAACCGUGAUUACCGACAAUAUGAUCAUAUAUUUAAUGAUAAUUUAUUAGUUUGCCAGUUUAGAAAAUAAUUACUACAUCACUAAUGGUGUAACAUUAUUGAUAACGUGAUUGUGAUAUGGCAUGUAUAUUUUUAUACUGUUAAUUUAUAAGUAUUAUAUUUCCUAAUUGUAUACCUUAUUCAUUAGUAUUGUUAUUAAAGAUAAUUAUUCGAUAUUAUGUACUGUUAAUAAAGUAUUUUUUCA